AGGUUUUCCGGGUGUGUGUGUGGGGAGAGGGGGUUGCACCGCGGACUCAUGGCGUGAAAGGCUGCGAGGGGCGGGGUGAGGUCAGGUGUUCGACUCCGCCUCCCCGCGCCGAGAUCUCGGCUGCUGGGCUGCUGGCUACUGUUGCUCCCGGUCCUACGGAUGUCACCGUCUCUGCCCAGAUGCGCCUCCCGGCCUGCUGGCCUAGUCCCGGCUCCAGCUGCGGCGGCGGCGGCGGCGGCUGCUGCUGCUGCUGCUGCUGCUGCUGCUGCUGCUGCUGCUCUGGACAGCGGCCGCCACCCAAGGCCACCCGAAGACCGGACCCCGCAUCUCCACUGUCUGGAAAGCUUUGAAUCUUCACAGCUUCAUCUUUAAGACCCUAGUCCAGAUGCUUCAUCUGUAAAACCCACCAGCUUAACUGGAAAAUGAGGAUGUUGAGCUCAUCCUUCUGGAUACUUUUCCAGCACUGUUAAGAAUUCAGCUUUCCCUCAACCCAUUUUGAGGAAAAUACUUCUACCCUGUCCUGCAGUGAGGCUGUGCCCAGGAGGCCAAUUUUGGCUCAAAGACUGUGCAGAGAAGUGAUAUGUGCACUUCCGGGUCAGAACAUUUAGUUCCAGUGUACGAUUCCCCAGCUCUCCCUUCCCUUGCUGCAGCAAGGGAUUUAGAUGGUGGAGUCACUGGACAGAAACAGCCUGGAUCCCUGAGGCACCACAUGGAGCAGAGCAGCCUUCCAGAGCUUACACCGGACACCUGUGGCUCAAGAAAUAUAAGCCUUUGCUGUGAGAAACAGCCAGAGAGGGAACGGAAGCAGGAGGAGCAGGGAGCUGAUGUGGGGCUUGAUCCCAGGACCCUGAGAUCAUAACCUGAGCCAAACGCAGAUGCCUAACCACUGGCACCCCACCAAAUAAUUUUUAAUUAUAUACACUUGAACACCUAGAGUGGAAAAUGAUGGCCAGUGGGACAGAAAACAAAAGCAUGGGAAGAAAGACAUGUGGCUGAGUAGUUGUUGGCUUUGCACUUCAUACAGUCAUCGGGUUGCUCCAAGGUUCUCGUGUUCAGUAGCAACUUUGAAGGAUCAUCUGCUUUCUGGCAGCUCUUGGGGAACCUCGAUUUCAAAUGUCUGGUUGCUGGAUCGUGAGGAAAUUCGUUCAGGCCAAUUGAAGAAGACUGCGAUCCAAAUUUUCAUAUGGAUGCCAUAACUGGAUAGGACUUCUUGUGGUCUCCCUUUGGGGAAGAGUGAUUGUAUUUGGUGACCAGAAAGACCAACUAUAACAGAGAUCUCUUGCUGUCUGCCAAAAGCCAUUAUUCUCUGCAGGCACACACCCCUUCCAAUUCGGGAGUGGCCAUACGACAAAGUUUUCUCCAAUGUAAUGUGACUGGAAGCAAUGUGUACCACUUGGUGACUAUGGGGUGGGACAGCACAAGAAUGAAGAGCCUAGGCUCCUGAACACCAGCAAUGAAAGACGACCAUGUCCCUGACCUGAAUAUCUGCCCAGGACUGUCAGGUUUAGACCCAGUGUGCCGGCCGGGCUGUCCCCAGCUUCAGAGCCAUGCCAGUCGGCGGCUGAAGCUUGAGGCAGCGAUGGAGCCCCUGGCACGACAGAAGCAGCCGCGGCAGCCACCGCCACAGCAGGCCCCACAACUGGCGCCUCUGCAGAUGGAUGCCAGAGAGAAACAGGGACAGCAGAUGAGAGAAGCCCCAUUCUUGUAUGCCCAGAAGCUCGUCGCACAGCAGACUCUCCUUUCUGCGCCCCCCGGGAGGCCAUCUGGCAGCCCUACCCUGGGCCCCCUGGCCAGAGGGCCACCGGCCGCUGCCGUGGCCCGAGUUUUUGAACAGAGCAACGUGAACUCCGAGCCUGAGGAGGAGGAGGGAGGUCUGGAAGAUGAGGAUGGGGAUGAUGAAGUUGCAGAGGUGGCUGAGAAAGAGGCCCAGGCCGCGUCCAAGUAUUUCCAUGUGCAAAAAGUGGCUCGCCAGGACCCCAGAGCAGUGCCUGGAUCUGGUCUGCUUCCAGCACCAGCACUCCCACUGCGUGGCCAGCAAGCUAAAGAAGACCAUACCAAAGAUGCUUCCAAGGCCCCACCUUCAGUCUCCACAGCUGGGCAGCCGAGCUGGAAUCUGGAUGAGCAGCUCAAGCAGAAUGGUGGUUUGGCCUGGAGUGAUGAUGCUGAUGGAGGCCGGGGAAGAGAGAUCUCUCGAGAUUUUGCCAAGCUGUAUGAACUGGACAGUGAUCCGGAAAGGAAAGAGUUCCUGGAUGACCUCUUCAUCUUUAUGCAGAAGAGGGGGACCCCCAUCAACCGAAUCCCCAUCAUGGCCAAGCAGAUCCUGGACCUGUAUAUGCUGUAUAAGCUGGUGACAGAGAAGGGGGGCCUGGUGGAGAUCAUCAACAAGAAGAUCUGGCGGGAGAUCACCAAAGGCCUGAACCUGCCCACAUCAAUCACCAGCGCCGCCUUUACCCUGAGGACCCAGUACAUGAAGUAUCUCUAUGCCUAUGAGUGUGAGAAGAAAGCUUUGAGCUCCCCGGCCGAGCUCCAGGCAGCCAUUGACGGCAACCGGAGGGAGGGCCGGCGGCCUAGCUACAGCUCCUCCCUCCUUGGCUACUCGCCCGCUGCCGCCGCCGCCACUGCUGGGGCCCCUGCCCUUCUCUCCCCACCCAAGAUCCGCUUCCCCAUCCUCGGGCUGGGUUCCAGUAGUGGUGCCAACGCCAGCAGCCCUCGGAUAUCCCCAGCAGCCACUCUCAGGAAAGGUGAUGGAGUCCCGGUGACGACAGUGCCCGUGCCAAAUCGCCUGGCUGUGCCCGUGAGCUUGGCAGGCCAGCAGGCCGGUACCCGGACGGCCACACUGGAGCAGCUGCGGGAGCGGCUGGAGUCAGGGGAACCCCCCGAGAAGAAGGCACCCCGGCUGUCAGAGGAGGAGCAACGCCUGGUGCAGCAGGCCUUCCAGCGCAGCCUGUUCACCAUGGCACGGCAGUUGCCCAUGAAGAUCAGGAUCAACGGCAGGGAAGACAGAUCGGAGGCCUCGGCUGCAGCACUGAACCUGGCCACAGGCAGCAUCGGGAGCAUCAACAUGUCUGUGGACAUCGAUGGCACCACCUACGCAGGUGUGCUGUUCGCCCAGAAGCCUGUGGUCCACCUGAUCGCGGGGCCCACCCCCCAGAGCGUGGGUGGCAGCGCCAGCGGCAGCAGCAGCUCUCACUGCUCACCAAGUCCUACCUCGUCCCGGGGCACCCCCAGCGCCGAGCCCUCCACCAGCUGGUCCCUCUGAGGGGCAGGACCCAGCUCCCCAUGCCCCACUCUCCUGUCGAGAGUGAAGGAGGUUGAUGCACAGAAUUUACCUCAUCUCACGGAGCCCAUGUCAAACACCAUUUGGCCAGACUAGAGUUUGGACGUGUCCGUCUAUCCAGGCUUCGUUCAGGUCCUGCUGUACUCUGGGGACAGGGAGAGGCUGCAGGGGCAGGACAGGGCAGCGUUGUCCAAUCAGGGAUCGUCCUGGAGAACCGGGCGGGGUCUGCCGGCAUCCAGCUUCCUUCCUCCUUGGUUCCCAGGCCACCUCCCGUCCCGGGCACGGUGUAUCGACAAUCUGUAAGCCGGCACAGGGCUGGAGGCCCUCCACAGCCCUUCCCCUUUAAUUUAUUGCCCUUCCCCUUCCCUCUGUCAUGACCCCAGGGUCACUGGCCUCUUCCCUUGCUCAGUCCUCCGAUCUUUAACUCCCAUAUGGGGCUGUGAGAGCCGAAGACCAUGCCUUUGUGGCCCUUCACUCCUGAGCAUGGGAUGGGGCCCUCCUAAACUGCCUUCCCUACCAUGUUUGGUUCCAGGGGUGUGGGUCCCUCAAAUUCAAGUCUUGAGACAGUUCUCAGGGCCCUAUACUCCCCUUUUAGUGGUCCCAGGAAGGGGCACACGAGGGCAGUCCUCAAGGUCCAGGGCUUACUGGGUACCUGCUGAGGGAGAAGCAGAGCCACAGGGGGCUGCCCAGGCAGGCCCUGGCACCCGUUUCACACUGACCCUUUUCUGGCCCUCCCAGACCUCACGCCUUCACUCACCCUUGUUGGCCAGCUCUCCCAAGAACAGCCCACUUGUCCCUUGGGCCCUCCCUUCUCAUGGGGUCACCUCAGCCCCAGCAUCCCCAGACCUGCUGAUGUCAGGUUCAUUGAAAUACCUCAGAUUUGUAAUUGUUGAUGUUCUUCAGGAAGUAUUUGCAUCUCUGAAAUCCUUUUUAUAUGUGUUUUGCUGACUUUUUUGUUUUUAAUUUUUAUUGUUGUUAUUGUAGCACCAAAGAAAUGAAAGCAGAUUACCCCCAAAGCCGAGCAAACAUUUGGUACCCCAGCCCCUCCAGCCCUUUGCUAAGACCCCAGUGAGGAGGCGGGGAGGCAGGCAGGAGAGAUGACUCAGGGAUCACAGUGGUGGGGAAGGCAGUGGAAUAAGAGGCCUGUGCUCUCAAAGGUUGGGUCCUGAGACCACACAGUUCGGGAGAUGGCCCCUGACCCAUUUCAUGCUAGAGCAGGGCUUGUCCCACACCCCUCCCUGGCUCCCCAGGAUGGGGACAGAAUGGUUGCCCUUCACUCAGCAUUCCCAUCUCAGGGUAGGGGCAGGACAGAGAGGCUGAGCCGCCCCAGGGGAUAAGGGGAUGCUCUUGGAAGAGGGGAGAACUCCGUCGUCCUCUGGGACCCUGGGCUGGAGCAGGCUGCUCCGGUGUUGGAAAGAUGACUGAUUGCCACGCAAGGCUCGCCUCUCUUUGAGUAGGCCCUGCAGAGCUCCUGGAACACCACCCACUGUAACGUCAUCAGGCUCUGGUGGUGACAGGCCACGCCGCCUGCAGGAGCCCUCGCAUGACUAGCAUUCUGCCCUAUGAAAGGAAAGGGAAAUCAAAAGCUUGAGCACAAAACAGCUACCUCAGCCUGGUGAGCCGCAGCUCUGCUGGACUGCCAUCUUCUCGCCCCUUCCCCGGCCUUCCACGCACUCGCUUUCCCACACACACUCUCACACAGCCCUGCCGCUGAGGCCUGACCCUCUUCUGGCCUCAGGAGCCUUCCCACCUUACCCACUCUGGUGGGCAGAGAAGGGCCUCUGGGAUCUGGUGCCAUGAAGGAGCCCAGUUGGCUGGCGCUGGGCCCACCUGAAAGUGUCGCAGCAUUUGGCCAGUUUGUCUUUCUCAGGGGUUUGGUCACGAAGGAUGGACUCUUCCCAGCCAGAGGAUGCGAGGACAGCAUACUGAGGCUUUCUGGUCAUUAGAUCCUCUCCCCUUCCCCAGGCAGCUUGAAAGCCCAAGAGUGGGGAUGCCAGCAGGUGUCCCAGGAGCAGGGACCCUGGCAAGAGAAGCUUUCCCGGAAGGCCUCAGGGCAGGCCGUGGGCCAGGACUGCUCCGGCCCCUCCCCUCCCCUCCCUGUCUCUCUGUACUCUGGCCAGGAAAAUGUGCUAGCACAUGGGUAGCCUAGGCAGUGAUAAAUACCUCAGAUGUCCUCUUGCAGCAAGUGUCUGUAUAUGUGGUGGUUAUUUUCUAUCCUACAUGUUCUCGAAUGUUUAUAUUUCAAUAAACCUCUACCUCUUCACACAA